UUGGAUAUGAAGCUUUUUAUUCUGAAUGUUUUGAGCGGAUGUUUCUCAUUUGUCUUCACACUUGACAUUAGCGACCGCCCUGACGCUCCCUCUUCCCAACGCGAAGCUGCAGAUUCUCGCUCAUCUCUCGGAUCCACCACCAUGUAGUCAGCGGGGCGCAGGCGGUGCAGCUCCAUCCAUGUCCCGUGCCAUCUUCCUGAGCAUCGACUCCUCCAUCCUCCGCUCCGGUCGUUGAUCUAGCACCCUGCCCUGCCGCCACCAUGCUGCAGAUCGGCGACGAGGUGAUGUAUUUCUCGGCGGUGUUCCUGCUGCUGAUGCUGGGGACCAGGAGCGCCACGGGGGCCUCCCUGCUCACCGCGUUCCUCUACGUCUUUAUGGUGAUGUUCCGGUUCCCCCCGGUGCCGGCGGAGCAGGCCGGCCGCGUCCUCCGGCCCGGGGCUCCUCCGGGCGGCGUCCCGGUGGUGGCGCACCGCGGCGGGAGCCACGACGCACCGGAGAACACGCUGGCGGCGAUCAGAGAGGCCAGCAGGAACGGAGCCACCGGAGUGGAGCUGGACCUGAGCUUCACUGCCGACGGCGUGCCGGUGCUGAUGCAUGACGAGACUGUUGACCGCACCACCAACGGCUCCGGGCCAGUGAGCAAACUGCAAAUUAUCCAACUGAGGAGAUUAGACGCUGCUGCUCAUCACAGACUGAAAGAGAAGUUCAGCGGAGAGAAGGUCCCGACUCUGCAGGAGGCCGUGGAGGAAUGCAUGAGACACCAGCUGACCAUCUUCUUUGACGUCAAAGGUCAACCUGAUAAGGCUGCAUCAGUGCUUCGUGAGAUGUACAAGAAGUUCCCUGUCCUUUACAAUUCCAGUAUGGUUUCCUCAUUUGAACCCAAAGUUAUCUACAAGAUGCGUCAGACUGACCCCAACGUGGUCACGGCCCUGACCCACCGGCCCUGGAGACUGAGCCGCCUUGGCGAUGGCACUCCUCGGACCCUGUCCACGUGGGGUCAGCUCUGGACGGGGUUUCUGGACGUCUUGCUGGACUGGGCCCACCACCACAUCCUGUGGAAGCUUUGUGGAGUCUCUGCCAUCCUCGUGCAGAAAGACUUCGUCUCACUGGACUACGUUCAGUACUGGGCAGAGCGCGGUGUGGAGGUGGUGGGCUGGACUGUGAACACCGCUGAGGAGAAAAGCUUCUACCAAAACCUGCUGAAGAUCGGGUACAUCACUGACAGUUUGCUGGAAGACUGUGAUCCUCAUUACUGAACCAGAACGCGCACAGAUACACAGACACACAGACACACACACACACACACACACACACACACACACACACACACACACACACACACACACACACACACACACACACACACACACACACACACACACACACACACACACACACACACACACACACACACACACACAAAGCAGCUCAACACGUACAGGGUUUAACAAAUUUAAAGAAAAUUGAACCUAUCAGUUUUCCAAUGAACAAAGUAGAACUUGAAAAGUCUAGACUAACUAGAGACACUGCCCUGUAGUCGUGCUCCUCCAUCUACCAGUUUAGUUUCGGUCUACGUACAUUUUAUUCCAGGUCACCAUGACCUUUGCCCUCUGAAAUCCGUUAAACUUCUAGUCCAAGUGACAACUUCUCAACAUUCUCAAAAGGCAGCCAUGAGUUAUCAUGGUUGAAAGGCCAGCAACUUGUUUUGUGAGGCCAACGUGUCCUUGAACCUUUGACCUUUGACCACCCGAAUGUGAUCAAUUAAUCUGUGAGUCAAAGUGAACAUUUUUGCUAAAUUACCAAAUUCUAAUCAGUCAAUCCCUGAUUCGAAGUGAACUUUUGUACUAAAUUUGAAGAAAUUCCCUCGAGGUGUUCCUGAGAUAUCGUGUUCACAACAAUGAAAUGGACGGACAGAGGGACGACAUGAAAACAUAAUCCCUCCGGCCCUUGGCUGUCUCCGGCGUGGAGGUGUAAAAAAAUCACUUUAUUCAUCACAACAGUUCUCAGUUUCUUAUCGUUUUAAAGAUCAUUAUAAUGUAUAUAGUAGAUUAAGUUUAAUUCAAGGAGAGAUCUGGUGCUAACAAGCUCUAUAGUGGCAAACAAACAAGUCCCAGCUUUAUAGGCUGCAUGAAUUAGUGCAGAGGUGAGAAAUUGAGGUAAGACGUCACAUAUUUACCUGUAGCUGGCAUACAGGUACAUUCCCUUUAAUAAACAAUGAAGCUUAAACUGUAAACCUCCCACCAGCAGCAACACCUUCUGCUCCCACUCCUCUGGACCAGGGAUUAGGAUUACGCUUCCUUUAAGAUCUUUUCUACCCUCUCUGCUGAUCUCUCAGAGGCUUUGUUCUACCUUUAUUAAAGAGACGUCUGUAUAAAUAGAUGUAAGACAUGAUGGCUGCUCUCGUGAUAUUUAUCUAAUAAUGAGCUCUGGAGGAUGAAUAUUCCACAGAGUGACGUGGUGAUUGUUCGCCUGCUGCCUGCGUGUGCUGCAGUUGCACAAACACACGAGACACUUUGCUGCAAGAUGUUGAAAUACAUAAGAACACGUUGGUCCUUGAGGGAAACUAAAUGUUCGGUUGAACUUUGCCACACAGGUGUAACUUGUUCUGGUGCGUGUGUAAUGACUCGUCACUGGGAAAUGAGACCUCGCUUUGUGAUCCGAGCUGCAGGCAGGAAUUUAAGAAACAUCCUCUGUAACAUUAAAAGUUGUUCCGCAUGACAGUUAUUAAUUUUACAUUUCAGACAUAAUGUCUGUAAAAGCUAUCACCUCACGUAACGAUUCAAAAGCUGCUUUUAGUUAGUCCACACCGCUGAACACUGUUUCCCUUCAUUUUAUCUUAAUAUAACUUAACUGUUUUGCUUGACUACACUUAGCUGACUGCUCUGUAUCUGAUAAUCUGCCUUAAAAAAGCCCACAAAGUGUCAUUUGUCUGUAACUGCUGAAAAUAUAUAGAGGACGUGGGAGUGGUGUCCUCAGUGGAUCUUUAGGUUUUAGUUAUUCAGACAGUUAUUGCAGACAGAAGACUUAACAACAUUAACUUGGUUAUUACUUAUGUAUUUAUUUUAAAAAUCUAUGAUUCUCUUUGUUUCCAUUCUUAACAUUUCCUCCAAAUCAUCACAGUGUCACUCAUCAAAACAUUUAAUCUUCCCUGUUCAGCUCAAAUAAUUCUUUACAAAUUUAUUUUGUAAACCUGAUCAAAGUUCAUAUUGUCUUUUAAGUGAAAAAAACAAAUUCCCAAUUG